CUACGUUGCCCAUAAUGCAACGCGUCAGUCUCAGCCGAAGGGGAACUCUGCUUCACUCGGAAGCGCAGUUUGACAGACGAGCUCACAUCCUUCUCCCUGUUCAAACAUGGAACAAGACAACAACUCAGAGGAUGAGUCAGUGGGGCGACUGCAGGAGCCCGCAGAGGAGGUGCCGCCCUGUAUACCUCCAGGACUCGCGGACGGGGAAACGGCAGAGAUGCUCUGGCAGCUGCGAUCCCAGCGGCGCCAGUCCAGUCCAGAACUCCCGGAAACGGUGACCCGUCUCACUGCCCCCGACGGCAGCGUCCUCUACCUGGUGGGCACCGCCCACUUCAGCGAAAGCAGCAAAAAGGAUGUAGCCACGACUAUCCGCGCUGUGCAGCCAGACGUGGUGGUGGUGGAGCUGUGCCAGUACCGGGUGUCGAUGCUGAGGAUGGAUGAGAGCACGCUGCUGAGAGAAGCCAAAGACAUAAACCUGGAGAAGGUUCAGCAGGCCAUUAAGCAGAACGGGCUGAUGUCUGGCCUCAUGCAGAUCCUGCUGCUCAAAGUUUCAGCCCACAUCACAGAGCAGCUGGGAAUGGCCCCCGGGGGGGAGUUUCGAGAAGCCUUCAAGGAGGCUGGACAGGUGCCGUUCUGUAAGUUUCACCUGGGGGAUCGACCGAUUCCUGUGACCUUCAAGAGAGCCAUCGCCGCUCUGAGUCUGUGGCAGAAAGCGCGUCUGGCCUGGGGCCUCUGUUUCCUGUCGGAUCCCAUCAGCAAAGAAGACGUGGAGAAGUGCAAGCAGAAGGACCUGCUGGAGCAGACCAUGUCGGAGAUGAUCGGAGAGUUUCCUGCUCUGCAUCAGACCAUCGUGGCUGAAAGGGACAUCUACCUCACGCACAGCCUUCGCCAAGCCACGCGCUGCGUGGAGGCCCCCCAUGACGCCCAGAAGGUGCCCGCCACGGUGGUGGGGGUCGUAGGCAUGGGUCACGUCCCGGGGAUCGAACGAAACUGGGAGAAGCAGCUGGACAUCGAUGAAAUCAUGCGGGUGGCCCCCCCCUCACGGUUCGGCCAGGUGUUCAGGACGAUCCUCAGCGGCGUGGUGAUGGGAAUGCUGGGAUACGCCUGCUACCGCGCCGGAGGAAGUUUAGGAAGAAGCCUGUUGUCUUUACCUGGAGUUCAGUCUUUGAUGGACACACUGCGUCCACCCCCUGCUUGAGCCCCCCCUCCCUCCCUGACAUGACACUUGAUCUAUUUAAAUGAUGCAUUUAUCACCAGUGGCCUUAAAAACUCCAGGCGAGGCUGGAUUCCGUUUCCGACGUCUCUGAAGUGAUCGAGGACGUCCCAGAGCCCCUUUUCUCUUCAUCCUGAUGUUUUUGUAGAAACAGAGGGGAACAUGCUGCCAAAGAAACCACACCAGUACUUUAUCCUGCUUUUUCCUAGAUUAAUAGUCCCAAUCAGAAGAAAAUCUGUCUUCAUUUCCCCCCUGAGGUGAUGGCGCUCUUCUCUUAGCCUGCGUUCUUCCUCCACCACACUGUGGUAGUUUGUCUUCUUCAGCCGGGCUCUUUUCCUAGAAAGCGUAGUUCUUUUCUGAGCGUUCAAACAUGAAAACGACUGCAUGUCGAUGAAAUCAAUCCAAACCGUGUGAGCAGGAGCACAGCGGCCCGUAAGAUGGAGGUAAAGGUCAGCAGCAGCACGCAAAACACAAGAAUGAGCAUCUCAUUCUAGAUCCGGUCCGAUCUUCCUGCUCUGCUGACAGCCAAGUGCCUGAUGCUGCUGCAGCUGGAAGGGCUUCAGUUCAACACAAAAGCCUCACCGACUGUGAUAGAAACACGCCGAGGCCGUUUGCUGCUGUUCAAAAAGACACUAAUUGUGCCGACUGGACUGUUUUACAGCAGACCCCUCCGUCUUUGUGCAUUCUUGUAUUUGAACUGAUGCCGGCUGGACCUCAGGACCACAAUAAAUACUGAAUCCUCUGGUUUCUGUCUGCGAUUCAACCCACAGCAUUAACUCACACGGUCAGAUUAUAAUUUAUACUUCAUUUGUUUACAGGGACGAAUGUUUUCAUGAACAGCCAGAGAGCUGCAGCGACUGUUAGUGUGCUUUAAAUACUGUUUUUUGAAUGAAACCAGAUCAGAACUACAACAUAUAUCUGCUUUUUCUCUAACUUAAACGGGAUGUGCAUGUUCUUGUGCAAAGGAAACCUUUGGAGCAUGAGACACGAAGCCUUACAGACGUCACCGAUGCCUUUUUUCUUCUGAAGCUUUUGAACAAAAUGGAGCUGCAUCUGUAGGACGGCAUCCUGCUGCAUGACUGUUUCCCUGAAAUAACCUGAGUGUCUACAGACGACAGCUUCAGGCAGUUUUUAGAUCAUUUUCAUGCCUGCUUUAUAUGUGAUUUCUGUACAGAGAUUUAUACUCUAGAUGCAUUAAUAAAAGGUACUUCAGUCCCUUUGAAUCCUU